AUGGAUGAAACAUGGAUCCAUCAUUCACUCCGGAAUCAAGGAAUCAAUCGAUCAUCAUCUGAGUGGACUGCAGCCGGUGAAACACGUCCAAAGCAAGCGGCACAAAAGUCAGGUGGGAAAGUUAUGGCUUCAAAUGAUACAAUGCGUUUAAUGUACAUGUCUCACAAAGCAGACCCACCACACGGUUCUGUUCAUCCUGGUACACUGCCUGAUGCUGCCAAGGCUUUUCGCGCUUACCAUCCCAUGGUUUUAACACAAAGGGCUCAAGCCGUCUGGCACCAUGACGAAAGAACUCGUUUGCUUGAGCUGCGUAAUGAGGACGUAGAGCUUCCCAGUGGGGAUAGCACACUUUAUUGGUGCAAAAUGUUCAAACUGGAGGAUAUAAACAGAAAACACCAUCUAAUUAAAUAUGAACCAAUUUAUGACUCAUCCUCCAGUAUUCAAUAUCUGCAGCAUAUUACGCUACAUGAAUGUCAAGGUACGAAUCAGGAUCUUGAAGAGAUGUCGCGAGAGCAAGGCCGUCAAUGCAUGGGUACUCGUGAUAUGCCAUUAACAUGUAAUACCAUAGUCGCAGCGUGGUCACGUGGGUCAGAGGGGUUCAUAUUUCCUGACGAAGUGGGCUACCCAAUAGAGUCGAGACAAGCUAAAUAUUAUUUAAUGGAAACGCAUUAUAGCAAUUCACAGCCCGAUUUAGCACACUUGCAUCCGCGGCAAAUGGCUGACAAUUCUGGACUCAAAAUAUUUUUUACCCAAGUCCUGCGCUCAAACGACGCUGGUGUACUCUCCAUAGGAAUGGAUCCGAACUGGCGACACAUAAUACCACCAGGCCAAAAAUAUGUUGUUUCCGAAGGUCAGUGUAUUGAGGAUUGCACAGCACACGCUUUUCCACCUCAAGGUGUCAAUAUUUUUGCUGUGAUGAUGCGCACACACCAAAUUGGAAGGGAAGUGAAGCUACGUCAGAUUCGACAAACUGAAGAAUUUAUUCCAAUUGCACACGACAGCAAUAUUGACAUUGCUUAUGAGGACUUCCGUCGUCUGCCUGUCCCGGUGCGUUCAUUGCCAGGAGAUAGACUGAUUGCAGAAUGUAUUUAUGAUAGUUCGUCACGGAAAGCAAUUACUCUAGGUGGACUAACUAUGAAGGAGGAAAGUUGCACGGUGCUUACGCUCUACUACCCGCGCCAGAAAAAGCUUACAACAUGUCAUUCUUUGCCUAGUUUGCCCACAGUCCUUCAUUCUCUGGGUAUAGAACAGUUGGCUACUGAUUCAAACCCGGUUCUAAUAUCGUCACCACCGGAACUAGCUGGCAUGACACUAGAAACCAGGCUUAUUACUUAUGAUUGGCAGAACCAUUUCAAUGAAUUUCAGGAAGCUACUAGAACUGGAUCUUUUAAGCCUCUCUGUUGGGGUGCUAAAAAUCAUGUUAUACCGGGGUCAGAGUUUCUGGAAGGGUACAGCAUAAACGUGACAAAAACUUACAAAAAACAACGACGUUGUAAGCCGAAACGACUUUUUGUGACAGAGGAAGCGAUGUCUGACUUUGAGUUACCUGUCCAGCAUGAGACAGACGACAAUAAUGUGAUUGAGGGAGCCGCUCGUAGCAGUCGUAGUUCUGCAACAGAAUCGCAAGGAUCAAGCACAGCUCAAGGCUACUGUCGUACUUUUGCAACAACAUUGUGGUAUGCGAGUGUAUUGGUCCUAAUGCAAGGCUUGAAUGGGUGGACCUUAACGUGAGACUUUUAAAAACUGAACUUCUAUUCCAUUGACGCUUCUGUGCGUAUUUGAAGAAAGCAUUAACAUAAAACAAAGAUAUUUGCUGAUCUUGUAUUACUGAAGAAGUGAAGUACUUGUUUCCUUUCAGUAUUUGUGAAAAUUUUGUUAUUCAUUAUUUGGUAUUUAACACUGUCAUUAUAAUUUAAAAAUCUACGUCUAAUCAAAACAAGCAAUAGAAUAUAAGCUGUAAACAUUAAGUAUAUUAAUAUUAAGCUACUUCAGCAAAAUCAAUCAAUUUUGCUGAGUAGAAUGUAGUCAAAAGCAAUAAUUAGUGUUCGAAAGAAGUAGUGAAGUAGUCGAUAUAGCAUAGCAUACAUGAAUUUUAGUUUACACGACUUAGUGAAAAGGUAACGUAUUUUAAAUAUAUUGAAAUAGGGCGGAACUAAGAGUUAGUUUGUAGUUCAUUUAUUUUUCCCAUCUAUAUAAAUGCGCUAUUUAAAAUUCACUUGAAUGAAAGGUGCUGUAUAGAAUUCAUUAAAGUACUGGUCGCUUAGUGUUUAGUUAGUUAAACCUGUUAAAACUAAAGUUAAAAUUUAUCAUGCAUUUUAAUAAACAAUUUC